GGAAGGUUCGCGUCGAAUAAAUCCUCGCAGAUUGAUCUUGCUUUUACCGUUGUCUCUGCUUCAUCUUCGCGUUUUCCAGCGCCCAUCCCCUCCUGCCUCCGCGCGGCUUGCCCCUCGCGACUGACACACCGCCCUGUGUCGUUGAGUCGUCUGCAGUCCUUUCACGGUCGUCGUCUUUCUCCUCUCUGCUCUCCCACUGUCUGGCCAGCAUCCAGAGUUUUAGCCUUCUCUUCUCCUUACGCGUCCUUCUCUUGUUCUCCCUCUUCUCCCCUGGAUGUUCUCCUCGCGCAACUGCGUUUCAGCGGCUUCGCGGUGCGAAACUGGUGAGCCGUGGACGAGGGUGUCUGGCGAAGGAUCCGAAGGAAGGAAGAACAGAAUCCGAAGGAAGAGAGAAGCGGCGAGAGUCCUCGAAAGAAGUCAAGAUGGCGCACAAGACAGCAGGCGAUCCAGGGCGCCUCGUGUCUCCUGGAAGCAAAGAAGCGGGGGGGCAGGCCUUUGAGGCGAAUCGCGCGCAGCUUGCAGAACUGUUUAAGGCAGCCUACGAAGGCGACCUCUCCCGCCUGGAACAACUUCUUCUCGACUUCUCUUCCUCGGAAACUGGACACUCGUCUAAACUCCGCCAAGCUUCUUCCUCUCCUCCUUCUGCUUCAUCUUUGUCGCCUUCGUCGCCUUCUUCUGGAGCGUCUGCGUCUGCCUUUGUAGAGUCGCUCUCGCCGGAAGCUCGGAAGGUCUUCGCUUCCACGCUGGCGGAGUUCAGAGAUGGCCGGCGGCGCUCGGCUCUCCACUUUGCCUGCGCGGGUGUCUGCCGAGACGUCGCUUCGUUGCUGCUGCUUCUUUCUCCUUCGCUGCUCGAUUUGCGAGACGAAGCUGAGGAGACUCCCCUGCUUCUGCUUCUCAAAGCGACGGCUUCGACGCCCUCGGGUGAGAAGAAAAGGGAGGGUCUUCUUGACCUUCUCCAGCUUCUCUUGGAUCGCGGCGCCGACGUCAAUGCGAAGAACCUGGACGGCGUCACUCCCCUCCACGUCGCCGCGGGAGCGGAAGACGAAACAGAGGCAAGAGAAAUCCUCUCCCGGCUGCUAAACGCCGGAGCCAAGGUCGACGCGGUUUGCGCGACCUUCGGAACGCCUCUGCAGCACGCGAUCCUCUCCGGGCGCCGCGCGAAUGCGCAGUUUCUUUUGGACAACGGCGCGAAUCCCGACGGCGAAGCGAAGGGUGACAGCGUCCAGUGCGCUCUGCCUCCUCCACUGGUCUUCGCCAGCAGCGCAGGUCACGCAGAGACGGUUGAAAUGCUUCUCCGAGCAGGCGCGAAUCCGAGCCGAACCGACGGAGAGGGAUGGACUGCGCUGCAGUGUGCGGCCGAGGCUGGAAGCGAAGCAGGCGUCAGGGCGCUUCUCGCUGCGGGUGCGGAUGCAAACGUCGUUACUCAGGGCGCGACGGCUUUCGACUUGGCUCUUCGGUACGGUCACCUGGCCACGGCGGCACUGCUGAAGGAGGCGAUGGAAAGGGAAGACGUCCCCCGCAGGGAGAGGGCUGCACCGGACACACAGGUGCCCCAGUCGCCCGACGCUGCCUCGGAAGGCCGGUCCGAGCGGGGGAAAAACGCACAUGAAACGAACAGUGCAGGUGCCGCGUUUGCCGGGGAGUACGAGGCGGAGGAGAAACCCGCAGAACUCUCAGAAGAUCAAAAGACAAAAGGUGAAGAAGCGGAGGCGAAGAAGAAACAGGCGAACGAGCUGGUGGCCCAAAGCAAGUACCAGGAAGCUCUGGAUGUCUACCUCGCUGCUUUACAAAUUUGCCCUCGCAUCCAGCAGACGCGACACCAGCGUGCGGUGCUGCAUGCGAACAGUUGCCUGAUGCUGCUGAAUCUGAAGCAGACCCCCAAGAAGGCGCUAGAACACGCGGAAAGGGCGAUUGCACUUGAUCCAGAGUGGGUACGAGGAUACUACCGAGCCGGUCAGGCGCUCGUCGCUCUCGGCGACCACGCCGAAGCGGCGCAACUGUAUUGGCAGGCUCUGAUGCGAGACCCCGGAAACAAAGAUAUUUCGCGCGAAUUCAGAGCCACAGUCGAAACAGCCAAGACAAUGCACCAACGCACGGCUAACUGACAUCGGGGACAUCCAGUGGUGUCGAAAAAAGAACGGGGACUGUUCUCAAAAGGCAAGUUUUCAAACGGUGUUUUGCGGAGUCAGACAAGACCGGCCGGCAGCUGGUCUCGACCGUUCGUGCAUGCUGCUGCUGCAUUUGCGGAGGUUGCACCCGUCCACCACCUUAACGUCAGAAUCUCUGCUUCUCAGAGGACACCCCUUUUCCCAAGAGGCACAACGCAGUCAAACACUGUAACUGUUGCUAGAGAUAAACUGCAGCGCGGUCAUGAGUCGCUGACCCGGGUGGAAAAGAGCCGCAAGUCAGCGUUUUUGUUGGGCCGGCGGUGUCUCAUGGCAACGUGUCCUACACACUGUCGUCAGUGCUCACCUGACGGGAGUAGUGAAGCCACACGGGUCGCAUAACUAUCAUAUCUUCCUCUUUAUUGUUCCUGUUGUAAGUACCGUUCGACGUACCAGGUACCAAGGAACUCCCUCGCCGCGGGCUGUGCUGUUCUGUGCUGCUCUUGUUAGUUUGUCUGUCUCUUCGCUAUUCUGCUCGGUCUCACUGCUCCGCUGAGAGGGUAAUGCGUCUCUCACUCUGACGAACUUCUAACGUUUAGAACUGCAACCGGGUGGCACGCGUCGUUUCUAGCCUUAACUGGUUGGGCGUCACGUGAUUGUGCCCAGUAUUCCGCUUUAAUAUUCUGUUUCAGUGUCCA